GUCCAGUCUCAUCGCGAGCUCCUCCGCGCAGCCUCCCUGCAUCCUAGCGCGAGCAUCACUGCGUACCGACAGACACCGAGCGGACGACGGCUCCCUCUGCGGACAUAUGAGGUCUUUAUCUCCCGGAUCCGCGGCUGGUUUUCGGUGAUUUCUCCUGUCGUCGCUUCUCUAUGGAUGUGAAAUAAAAGCGGGUGGUUGUCAGUCGGUGUCCUCUGCAUCUCUGUGCUCUUCUCUCCGCUCCGUCAGGACCGCAUCCUGCCCUGAUUCACAAAAUGGCGGACAUGAUCGAACUGGGACCCGCCUACGCCAUGUCUCCAGUCCUGGCGGGCUUCCUGGGAGCUGGUGUUCUGGUGUUGGUGGUGGUGGUUCUGGUUGUGCUCUGGUCUUUCUGUCAGCGUCGUUACCUGCGCAUCUCUGGACGCUACAAGCUGCACGGCGACCGUUACUGCGACGCCGAAGACCCCCCCUACAAGUUCAUCCACAUGCUGAAGGGCAUCAGCAUUUACCCAGAAUCCCUCAGCAGCAGCAAGAGGAUCGUACGCGGCAUCCGGCGCGUGGACCACUCUGACCGUGACAGAGAGCGAGGCAGCCCUGCUGCCACAGGGAGGGGCAUGGUGCUGGUGGACGCUGAGAACAACAUCCUGGAUGUCCCGGGACAGCUGCAGAUGAGUCACCUGGUCCCACCUGCGGGAUCAGGCCCCGCCCACAGCCAGGCCCGGCUGGAGCGGGCGCUGCCGGUCCGCGCCGACUACUGCUGCCUGGACAGCAGCUCGGCCAGCAGCAGCCAGACCAGCAGCAAGACAGGGUCUCCCUUCACCCCCGCCUCCUCGGAGACUGAGCCAGAGCCAAACCUGGGCGCCAUCAGCCUCACCGUCGACUACAACUUCCCCAAGAAGGCCCUGGUGGUGACCAUCGUCGGGGCCCGGGGCCUCCCAGCCAUGGAUGAGCAGGCUGGCAGCUCAGACCCGUACGUGAAGAUGACCAUCCUGCCAGAGAAGAAGCACCGUGUCAAGACCCGCGUGCUGAGGAAGACCCUGGACCCGCUGUUCGACGAGACCUUCACCUUCUACGGUGUUGCCUACAGCUCGCUGCCAGAGCUCACCCUGCACUUCCUGGUCCUCAGCUUCGACCGCUUUGCCCGUGAUGAUGUCAUCGGGGAGGCGGUGGUUCCGCUGAAAGGCGUGGACCCGAGCACGGGCCGAGUCCACCUGAGCCAGCAGAUCGUCAAGAGAAACAUGCAGUGUGAGAGUCGUGGAGAGCUGCUGGUGUCUCUGUCCUACCAGCCGGUGUCCCAUCGUCUCAGCGUGGUCGUCCUGAAGGCCCGACACCUCCCCAAGAUGGACAUCACGGGCCUGUCGGCGAAUCCCUACGUGAAGGUGAACGUCUUCUACGGCCGCAAACGCAUCGCCAAGAAGAAGACGCACGUGAAGAAGUGCACGCUGAACCCGGUCUUCAACGAGUCCUUCAUCUACGACAUCCCGCCUGAGCUGCUGCCUGACAUCUCUGUCGAGUUCCUGGUGGUCGACUUUGACCGCACCACCAAGAACGAAGUGCUGGGUCGCCUGUUGCUGGGCCUGCACAGUCCCGCCCCCUCUGGCGCCUCCCACUGGAGGGAGGUCUGCGAAAACCCCCGCCGGCAGAUCUCCAAAUGGCACAACCUGAGCGAGUACUGAGGGAGGACACCACCGAGCAGCUGGGACUCCACCAGUGAACACCACUGGGAAACAAAGACUCAGUGUACAGCGUGCGCACACACACACACACACACACACACACACACACACACGCACGCACACACACACACACACUGUUGUGAUCAUAGUAAAACUCUGUCUGUCUGUCUCUGUUUUCUCUCUUCCACCACUGCAUUCGCAAGUAAACUAAAGACAUCCAUUUCUCAGACUGUCCUCAUGUGUCCUCCGGCCGUCCCUGUGCGUAGACGGGGGGAGGGAAUGCUCCAAUACGAUUUAAAAAAGAUGCCUCGUGCUGUUGUUGUCAUGCAGUUCAUCGCAUGUCUGUCCCAAAAGAAAAAGAGUUCAAAUGAAGAACUGCUGACAUCCCACGGACUGACCAACAUGAAGACAGCAUCAAGGUUUAAGUACUGACUAAUACUGCAUUUAACUACACGCUGAAUAUAUCCAAGUUUAACUCCUCCUCCACAGGGCCAAACGGCUCCUGAUGCGCUGAUUAAAUGUUUGCCGCCAUUUGGCGUGAUGUAGUGGGCCUCAUGCGAGAGAACAUCGGACACCACGUUCAGUCCUCUCUGACGACGGAGGACGUGGACCUUACAUCAUGACUGCACACAUCGCGCUCGUCCUUCCCGUAGGAGCUUCUCAAUCAGCUUCCUGCUCAUGAGGACUGAGAGACCUCAGAUGUAAAAUACUUGUUUGUAACAUGAAUGGUUUUCAUUUCUCUGACAGAAACAGCUGUGGUGGCUCAUGCUUGUUUUCAGCCUGUUGUGUCUUCAUCAUGACUUCGUCAUCUGCAGCUGCUCUUUGUGAAUCCUUCAGUCUGAACACAAAGUCCUUCCUCGGUCCUCAUGAGCUCUGAACUCGUCUCAAGCUGCUGUUUACUGCUUUAAAACCUAACAAACAUGCAGCUCUGUCCAAUCAGGAGCAGCCGUCUGUGAAACAGGAAGUCACUGCAGCAUCGCCCACAGUUUGUAAAGGUGAGCAUUUGCCUCGUUUGUGUGUGCGUACGUGAAACGGGAGGGUUUGAGAGUUAAUAUUCACACAGUUUACAAUGAGAGGGAAACAUCUGACUGUGCUAAGCUAACUCAUGCUGUUUACUCAUUUAGUCAGAUGUCGUUAGCAGAACGUUCGCUCAUUGGAGGACUGAAUCCUUUUGUCUGCUCAGAUCUGUGAGCCGUCCUCCGUAUCACCUGUUUUCCUCCAGACAGGUGAGAUGUUAGCAUGCUAACGUUAGCUCCGUCAGGUGGUUCAGUAACAACUGCUCUGUGCUGAGCUGCAGCCUGCUUUCACUGAGUCACCGUCAGAUUCAGUAAAGUCUGACGUCAGCGGGAAGCUGAGUAUGAAGUGAAGAGCAGCAGCCGACACCUGAAGCUCACCUCACAGAGCAGGAAGCAGGUGUGACUCGGACGGCUGGAGGUGUGAAGAACGUCGUCUUCACCUCGAUCUGCGUUGUGAACCGUUUGAUCAGCGUGGCUGAUGUCUGGUUCAGACACGUUUGGAGCUUUGCAGCAGAUUCUGUCCGACGGUCUUCGUCUGCCUUGUUAAAGUCUGUAAAUGUGAGGGUGGCCUGUAACGGGACAUGACAACACAUCCACCCACACCUCCACUUUCUGCUGUGUGGGGUCAGGUGGUGUUCAUGUAUCAUACAGGUAUCAGGUGUGACUGCCCACAGAGUAAACCUGAGCACCGUGUGUUGCUCCAGGAGAAGAAGAAAAGCUUUGAGACAACCUGACCAACUGAGCCAACAUGGCUGCUGUGUGUCCUCUGAAGACGAGGACAUGAGGAAGUCUGGUCUAAAACGUCAUGAGCAACCACAGCUUCAUUUUGCUUCCUUCUUUCUUUCUGUCUGUUUCAUUUUGUGCGUUUUGGUUUUGCCCUCAUCCAGACUGGUCCCAGGUACUUUGUGAAGCUCCUCAGUGUUUGGUUUCCCUGCAGACACGAUUUAAUGGACCAGCUCUUCUGUUAAAAGUCAAGUUGAAACUGGUUUGAAUGUUUUGUUAAAUGAGUGUUGACAAACUGUUCUCCACAGAGCCACAACAUUUCACUCUAAGAACAUUUUAGUCCCAGUUAGUCCAGUUUAUCCACCUUAAAUCUGCUGAGACAUCAGAUUAUUGAUUUGUGUAAACAGCCUCUUGACGUAACUGAAUUUCACUUUGAAUCCUAAAGAUGAAGAAGCGCUGAGGAGGAGGCGGACCCUCCUCACAUUCCUCUGCUCUGACUGUAGAUUUGUACAGAUAUGAAGAUGUUUGCUGGUUUCCUUCCUGUCUGAUGUCCUCAGAGCUUUAGUGUUUGAGCGCCCCCUGCUGUAGACCUGGAUGCUAACCUCUGUGUUAGGUUUGUUAACACUAAUUGGACGUGAAAAUAAAAAACAAGUUAGUCAUGGA